AUGCGAGCGAUGCCGAGACCAGUCGCUCGCAUAGCCAGUCGCAGUCGCAGAGUCAGUCGCACAGCCGGUCACAGAGCCGGUCGCGCAGCCAGUCGCAAGGUCCGUCGCAGAGCCGGUCGCAAGACAGCGAAGGAGACGCAGACUCGCGGGCGUGAAGCGCAAGAGGCGCAGCCCCCGCAAGGUGUCGUGCGCGGGGGAGAUCGCGAGAGUGAAGGCCAUGGUGCUGCGGGAGCUGGCAACGAUCCGCAAGAUGCGCUGGAGCGACAAGGAACCCGCGUGCCCAACGUCUUCGACAACUCGCGCUUGUCAGGCGCCAAGGCCGCGCGGAAGGCGGCGGUUCACGCGGCGCUGGUUGCGCGGGAGCUGGUGGAGAAGCUCGCGCUCUACUGCCGCGCGCGCAGCCAGUGCGCCGAUGGCAAGCCCGCGGACACCAUGCCAGGACCGCUCAGCAACGGCGGCAACUGCAACGACAAUGGCAACAGCAGCUGCAAGGCAGGCUGGAAGCACGGUGGCACGGGGAACAGGAAGGAGAGGGAGGCGGAAGCAGCGGAAGGGGAGGAGGCAGCUAGUCACCAGGGUCACCAUAGUUCAAGCAGCUCGCUAUCAUCCUCGCCUCAAGCAGCUUUCCAGGGCUGGUCCAUUCGGUGCAAGCACAAGACUGCUGCUGCUACACCUUCCUCCCCUCCCGUGCCUGCCACGUCAGCCUCCGCAUCAGGAGAGGCCGCCAAAGUUUCCCACGAGCCGUUGCUGCUCUGUUCGGGGAUAUGCGGCCGCUACUUCCACGUGUCCUGCAUCCAACCUCGCCACGUCAUCUCCGCAUCAGCCUCCCAAUCGCCCCUGUCGCGCCGCAUUCCCGCUUCAGCUCUGCGAUUUCCAGACGACGCUGCGGCCUCCGCCGCUGCUUCCGCCGCUGCUUCCGCCGCUGCUUCCGCCGUCGCCCCUGCCGCUGACGCCGCCGCUUCUGCCGCCGCUAUUGCUGCUACCGCCUCUGCGGCGACUGCGCGUUACCCGUCGUGCUGGCGAUGUCCGUCGUGCGAGGCACUGCAGGAGUGCUCCGCAGCCAUUCACGCGCUCCUAUCAGGCCCUGCUGCUGCCGUGGAUGGCGGCGCUCACACCGCCCAGAUUAAGGAAGCUCUAAUGGCCGCCCUCCACUGCAUACCCUCUCCGCCGGCCACGGGCAUGCCGCCUGUGAGAGAGCAGAGUGUUGCCACAGCUUCUGCUGUGGUGCACGGGGGGGAGGAGGAGGAGGAGGAGGAGGAAGAGGAGGAGGAGGAGCGGGAGGGCGGAGACUACGGGAACAAAAGUUGUAUGGAUGCCGACGCUGCUGCUGACGAUGAUGUCUUCCCGUCUCCUUGCCUUGGUAGCACGUCAGCCAUGGUGCAAAACGUUUGCACUCCAUGCCAGCAACUCACGCCUGUCAGCCACUUCCAUCAGCAGCAGUCGUCUCACACAUCACGCCCCUCAGGCAUCCCCUCCCCGUCCUGGCUCUCGCUCAAUGGCUCUCCUUUCAAGCCGCUCGCCUCGCUCGCUCUCUCCUCGUCACCUGCUCCCACUGGCACUGCUGCUGUAACCGAGGGUAAGGUGGCAGCAGCCCAUGCACAAGCACGGGAUCGCCCCUGGCUCCAUCUCCCAUGGGAGGCGCUGGUGGUGGUGGGAGGAGGAACAGGAGGAAGGCGUUCAAACCCGAAGCUCCGCACUUCCAGAGGAUCUGGACUGGUGUGCGCACUAGCCAUCCUAAGGGAAUCCCCAGUUCCCUUCAUACGCCACUAA